CGUGUUUCCUAAAAGGGCUCUAUAGCGUUGAGAAAUCAGCCGGAUCGCAAGAGCUGCAGAGUUUGCAUUGCGUUCAGCUGCCAAAUCGAGGUAGUUUUCUGGCUUGUUUGGCUCCCUUGGGAUCUAUCCCCCUCCCCCCACUUUGCAGCAAAGAGCUUGAGAUGUGGUAGGUGGGAAAGUGGGGUUCGGGUGCAACGGUACAACAGCCCUGCGGUGUUCGCUUAGGUCGAGGCAGAGAUGCCGGGACAGUCGCCAAAAGGAUCAGGAGGAAUAACGAUUUACGUCCAGGCCUCUGAGCGUCUCUUGCAUUCUCCGUCUUUGCAACGGGCAGAGUUAAUCUGGCAGGAAAAACCCAUGUCCUUCUACAAAGGAAAUCGCUUGUGAUUUCUUAGUAAGCUGUGAUUGUUUGGUUAUGGGGGACAAGGGGUAAUCCAGCCCACCUUAUGGUACUAUUUGGGGCCAGAAGAAGACUCAUCUCUCAUUGUUGUUCACGGGUCAAAGACUGGGACUCAGAUGGAAAGACCAGAUCUGAAUACUUGAGCUAAGCGCCAAUCACAGAAAACCAAAAUGGCAGAAUAGAAGGAAGAGGCCUUUGUGGAACGUUUUUUUUAACCAGGGAAGCUGUGUGAAAGCAAAUAACAGCCUCUAGUGGAAAUGGAGGAGCAUGCCCGAACAGUUCCUGAGGCUGGGGAGGGAUCCACAGGGUCAGGAAGAGACCCAUUUUCAGGUCAGUCUGGAACCACUCGGGACGUAUCCCAAUGGGCAGCGACACGACAAGAAGGGGUACCUCAACGCUUGGAAACUCCAUGGCAAGAGUACUUGAAAACAGUCCAAUAUCCCACUUCAGGAUGGGCAACGUCCCAACUUCCGGACUUGGCUUCCUGGGAUGACGUUGCUGCAUUUGACCGUGUGGUAAAUGCAUGCCAAUGGCCCAGAGAAGGGAUGAGCCGCCUCAUGCCUGCUCUUAGCACCGAUGCUCAGCAGGCCUUAAGCAGCCUGAAUGCCAGAGACAAAGGAGACCACGGGAAGGCCAAACACGCCUCCCUGCGAGGGAACCCCAGCAGCGCCGAGGUGCAACGCCAGCGUUUCCGCCAGUUCCGCUACCAGGAAGCAGAGGGGCCUCGCGAGGUUUGCAGCCGGUUGCGGGAACUCUGCCAUUCCUGGCUGGAGCCGGAGAGCCGCACGAAGGAGCAGAUCUUGGAGCUGUUGAUCCUAGAGCAGUUUCUGACAAUCCUACCAAAGGACAUCCAGAGUCGAGUUCGAGAACGUGGCCCUGAGACUUGUGCCCAAGCGGUAGCCUUGGCAGAGGGGUUCCUUCUGAGGCGGCAAGAGAGUUUGCAAAAUGAACCACAGACAGCAGCCCUGAAUCUAUCUGACGGCCAGCGGACUGCGUCGGACGUCCGACAGAGGCAGCUCAACAGGGAAGCCCGGCUGCCUGGGAACCGGAGGACCCGAGUGUUGGGUGCCAAGAUCUCAAACCGAGUUGGCGGGCAAGUACAGAAUCCAAGUGCCAGGGAAGAGGGAGCCCGCUCGGAUUCUGGGAAGCCCAAGAAGAACAAACCCCACGUCUGUAUUGAUUGUGGCAAAUGUUUUGCGCGCCCGUCGGAGCUGGCGAAGCACGACAAUACUCACACUGGCGCAAAACCCUUUCGCUGCUCGGAAUGCGGGUCACGGUUCAGCCAGCUGUCCCACCUGACGAGACAUCACAGAAUCCACACGGGGGAGAAGCCGCACUCCUGCUCCGAAUGCGGGGCGGCUUUCGCCCAGCGGUCUUCUCUCAUUAGCCACCAAAGAGUCCAUUCCGGAGAGCAGCCCUACCGCUGCACUCACUGCCAGCAGUGUUUCAGCCACCAUUCGGCACUUAAGAUUCACGAGCACAUCCACACGGGUCAGAAACCGUACAUUUGCCUGGAGUGUGGGAAGCGCUUUGUCUCCUCCUCCACCCUUAAAAUCCACAAGAGGAUCCACACAGGGGAGAAGCCCUUUUCUUGUGCCGAGUGCGGGAAACGCUUCAUCCAGCGCUCCAAUCUGAUCUCUCACCAGCGGACACACUCUGGAGAGAAGCCCUUUUGCUGUGGCGUAUGCGGGAAGAGGUUCAGCUACCCGUCGGAUCUGACCAGGCACCAGAAAAUCCAUACGGGAGAGAAACCGUUCCCCUGCGAUGAAUGCGAGAGGAGAUUUACCCGGUUCUCCGAUCUGGUCAUUCACCGGAGGAUCCACACCGGGGAGCGGCCGUAUCGCUGUCUCGAGUGCGGAAGGAGGUUCAGGCAGAAGAGCGCUUUGGUGACGCACCAGAGGAUCCACACGAAAGAGAAGACGGUGGAAAAAACCAAGCCGGUGGCAUCCGCAGAACCACAGGCAAACAGUGAACAGAACAGUGAACCAAAAAACACUGAAACGGACGAGAAGGCGGACAUUUUGGAAGAAAAGGAGAAAGAUACGUCGAGUACCUAGAGACAGUCGGCCUUGUCCUGUCUCUCGGCACCUGACCAAUCCCUUCCUUACUGGCAAGGAAAUCUCAAGUAGGAGUGAAGCAGUCUCGUUUCCUCGAUAGCUUCCAUUCUUCCUCCGACACUUACCAUUCCCUCUGCUGAACAUAACUGGGUUUGGGAUCUGGACUGAGGACUAUGCAGUGUCAACCCCUCUGCCUCGUACUCACCCCGGUGCAGUCUGCUGUGUGAAAAUGACUUACGGUGGGGACCUCUAGAGGUGGUACCUUCCACACUUCGGUGUCUGUGGCAGAAAUCCAAGCCUCAGCUCCCGGCGUGUUUCCCAUUUUCAGCCUGAAGGGGGAAAACACCAUUUUCUGGAAAAGAAGUUGCCGGCUCCACUGACGGAAUGAGGAAGGAACUGACUGCGGGAGGUGGCUCUGUCUUUAGCCUACCUUUAUCUGGAGGGAAACUCUCUUGGGGAUGGGAAUCGUGUGGCUCCUUAAUGACAUCACAUUUCUCGAAGCAAAGCUUUGUGAGCUGUUGAGAUGGAGUCCCUCUCCCAAGUUUUCAGAAGGUCCACUUAAGUCCUCAGUUGAAUAUGGAGGAAAUAGACUAUGGAAACUUUUAUUUAGACAGUGGACAAUUAUCCCCACAACCUCCUUGGAAGCUCUCUAGGGACAUCCUGUUGUCCAUUGUUGAAUGCAAAGUAAUUAACAAGAUGAAUUUUCGUCUGAUGCAGCAAGGCACUUCUUCUGUUCAAGGGAUAGUAGGUUGAACAGUUUUGUAUCUCCUUCCAUUGUGGGGACUGCAUCAACUAUCAUUCCUAAGAUUUUUCUGGGCCCCCAGAGUGCUGUGGGGUUUGGUACAGGGUGAAGUUGAGAGUGCUGUGUGGGUUCUGAAGGAUCUGUAUGCCAGAUGACAGGGUUUGUAUGGCCCCAGGCAUCUGGGCACAACGGAUCUUGCUUAGCUGUGAGUUUUGGUGUAUGGGAAAACUGCUUUUCCGCAGCCCAAGUUCUCUGUCUGUACGAAGGGGGAAUAACAAGACCCUACCUCACCAAACUGUAGUGACAACAAACAGUGUAAAGAUUGGCUGUUGCAUCCUGUAUUGACCAUGCUGCAUAAUCAAUAUACUAGUAGGUUAAGUCUUGACCCAUGGGGUUCUGCCCUGACAGCAGCCAGCGCGUUCUCCUGUGUGAUUCGCUAGAGUGCAGCCAAUGGUAACGGCCUAUUUCGGAUCCCUGCUGUUGUCCUUUGUGGUGUCUCCCACGUAGCAGGACAUUUUUGGAGAUUCAGUUGUCCAUGAUGCUUUGAAGUGCCAAUAUAUGUACUUGGUUGGGUUCCUCUUGCCGCCUCCCUAAAUGACAAAGGCCUUCAAGGGGCAAUUUGCACAAUGUUUCCCUGCCGCCUCCCCAAAUCUUGGGGAAAAUGUUAUAUGCAGAAUACCGAGUCACCACCUUGAGUGGGUGCUACUAAAAGCUAUUCCCAUUCCGCACGAGCGACUCCCGUUUCUGAAAAAGAACUCUAGAAUGAAAGGAUCAUGUGAACUGGCCUCUGAGGAAACAGGUGCCCAGGUGGUUUGUGUAGUGGGGUCAACACACCCUGUGAAGCAGAUGUUCACUGCAUGGACUGUCUUAAGGACAUGGUUUUGCUGAUAUUAACCAAAAAACACCUGCCAGGAUUAGCCAAGCAGCCCUUGGCUCCAGGGUGAGCUGAUUGAUUGUGUUGCCGGAAUGAGGGAAGCAGGGUGCUUUUUACCCGCUCAGAGGUACCAUUUUUUUUCCUCAAGAGGAACCAUACACAGUGCACAGAAUGUUCCGUUUUCUAGGCAUCGACACAAUGAAAUGAAGCUGUAAGCAGUGGGACCCCACUAAAGGUCACCUCUCUUCUUUUCUCCCCUUGGUGUUUGAACAAGCGGAGAAUAGUUAACAUUCAAUAUGGUGUACGGGUGUGAGGGACGGGAAAUAAAAUGGACUCGACUUUCUAGGAGGAGUUCCUGGACUUCCCGAGCUGCAAUUUUCUCAGUAUGUGAGAAAGGGGUAGAUGAAUCUCUUUUUUUCUGAUUAAUGUUGCUAGUCGUCUUUUUUUUUCAUUGUAUGUAAAAAAAUGGUCAUUUUAACACAAAAUGGCAAGGCUGUUACUGUGUGUAUGUAUAUUAGUUUGGAUGGGGGAGAAAACUGAUUAGUCAUCUAAUGAUCUUGGGGGGGCGGGAGAAUCAUGGUCACAAAAGGUAGGGUAGGAAUGGGGGAGAAUGUAGGCUUAAGAGGAUGGGACAGAAGAAAAGAUAUAAAGGCUGAAGGUUUUAAGCCAAAAUAUUUUUAGAAAAAGAGAUAGUCACUGAUCAGCAAAGGCUAUAUGCAAGGAUUCCUUCUACGUUCACAUUGGGCCAAAUGGAUCAUUUGAACUGAUCUGUUUAAGAGGCACAAGUGGCAAGAUCCAUUACUUUCUUUUGAAUAAUGCAGUCAGCGUGUGCCGUUUCCUUGGUGUAUGUUGAGGGAGUAAUAGUGCACAACCUUACAAACUGGGCAUAACCCCUUUCUUAUUCCACACCGUGUUGCAAAUCUAGGAAAGAAGAUCCAUAUGCGGAGAUUUAUUUGGAUGCAUGUGUUUGUUUUUGCUGGAUGAAGAUGCGUGAAUCUUGUCCACAGAUGAUUGAUAUAACCAUCAGUUUUUUUCUUCUGGCCGGUGUCAGAAACCUCCUCAAAAGGGUCUGAUCUGUCGGUUUCUUGGCUCUUGCCCUAAAUCUGCAAAUGGCUGUUUAAAAAAACUGAACGUGAAAAGUGGUUUACAAAUCUAUUCAACAGGCCCCAGGUUCCAAAGUGCACUCCCCCCAUUCCACGCACACAUUAUACAUAUGUAUCUGGCACAUGUGUUCCACCAGAACACAAUUUAGAUUCGCCUUCCGAACAUAUGCAACCCCCUCUUGCCAGCCAUUCUGUCUCAGUCUGUGUCGCUGUUCUUUGUUUUAGAAAGACCAACAGAUGAGCUUCCAUAAUAUGAACUCUCCAGAGUCAUCAUUUUUCGGCUUUGAAAGGUUUUGAAGUCUGGCUUAAAGAAUAUCACUAUAGCUUCUGGUUCGUAAUGAAAUACUGGCAGCUUUACACCCACCCCACCCUGUGUAAAUAAACAUCCUGUGAUAGUUAUCCAACUGGAGUUCUUAUGUCCUCUUUUUGUACUAUUACCUGAUGGGAAAUUUGCAUGGAUUUAUGCAUUGCAAACUAGAAUAAAAAGAUAGGCGACUUAUUGCUUCA